AGGAGGGAGACGGGCCGGCCGCGGGGUGCCACCGCAUUUACCCUCCACAUGCACGCAUUCAUUGCCGCCCCGAUUUAACACCCAGGACCCCGACCUCGACUGAUGGCAUCGCCGGGUACCGCGACUGUUGCUGCUGCCCUACCACAAGCGCAGCUGCUCCAGCCUCCAGAGGAGUAGCAGGAGAGGGAGGGAGGGAGAGGCCGCCCGGGCGGGGAGCGCGGCAUGGAGAUGGAGAUGAGCAGGGGGUGGCAGGAGCUCGGCGUCGUCGACACCAUCUACGAGGACGAUCACGAGGACGAGGACGAGGACGAGGAGGAAGAGGAGGAGGAGCGCUUCGACUCGCCCACCAUGUCGUCCUCGGCGGCCACCUCGCGCUCGUGCUCCCCCGAGGUGGAGGAGGAGGAGGCCGCGGCGGCGGCGCACACCUCCCUGCCGCCGGCGCUCAGGCGCGCCGUGCAAGCGUGGUCGCGGGCCAACGGAUCGCGCAAGCCGAACGUGAUUGUUCGAGUCCAGGAGCACCGCCUCCCCCUGCACAGGGACGUGAUCACGUCGCAGAGCAGCUACCUGAGGCGUCUGCUGUCGGAGUCCAGCGACGUCACCGUCGCCCUGCCAUCGGGCCUCGAGUUCGACGCGUUCGUCCACGCCGUCGCGUCCUGCUACGGCUCCGACGAGGCGGCGGCGGCGCUAUCCCCGGCGAGCCUCGCGGCGGCGUGGGCGGCGGCGGGCUGGCUGGAGCUGGGCGCGGGGCGCAGCUCCUACGGCCUCGCCCGCGCCGCGGAGGACUACUUCUUCCAGGAGGUGGCCACGGACCACGGCCGCACCGCGGAGGUGCUGCGGUCGUGCGCGGCGUUCUUGAGCGGCGAAGCGGCCGGGCCCGCCGCGGACCUGCUCGUCCGGUGCGUGGAGGCGCUCGCGGCGUCCGGCGGCGGCUCCGGAGACGGCGGGAGGUGGCUCGACGACGUGGCCGCGCUCCCCGUGGAGGAGUUCCUGGUGGCCGUGGAGGCCAUGCGCGCGCGGUUCGCGCACGACCACGACCUCAUGUACACCGUCGUGGACCACUACCUGGAGAACCACAAGGGGAAGCUGACGGAGGAAGACAAGGGAAGGCUGUGCUACAACAUCAACUGCACCAAGCUGUCACAGCACCUCUUCAUGCACCUGGUCCAGAACCCGCGCCUCCCACUCCGGUUCGUCGUGCAGGCCAUGCUCGUCGAGCAGCUCCACUCCCACCACUCAAUCCUCCUCAGCAAUCACCACUAUGCCGCUGCGCCGGCGCCGGCGCCGGGUCCAAUCCUCAAGCCCUCCCUCUCGGGCGCCUUCGCCGGCGGCGCCGCGGUGGACGCCGCCAGCAUGACGCUGGGCGACAUCCUCCAGCGCGACGCCGCGCUGCGCCAGUCCGCGCACAUCCGCGCGUCCAUGCAGGCCACCAGCCUCCGCAUCGAGACGCUGGAGCGCGAGCUCGCGAGCCUCCGCACCCGCCUUCGCCGCUCCGAGCAGCAGCAGGCCGAGGCCGAGGCAGAGGCCGCGGCCGGCGCCCCCGCGAUCGACCGCGCCCCCGGCAAGUCCGCUAGCUUCCGGAUCCCGCGCAGCCGGCUCUGGGAUGGCGAGGAGCUCGCGCCCGUCGGCCCCCGGCGCGCCGCCGCCAGGGACGGCAACGCGAGGGGCUUCAAGUCACGGCUGGUGCACGGGUUCAAGAACCUGUUCGGCAGGAGGCAGGAGGCCGCCGGCGCGCCUUCGGCGUGCGGCGAGGACGCCGGUACCCGUACCCGCUGCUUCGGCGACAAAGGCGCCGCUGCCGCUGCGCCGGAGCUGGAGAUCGACGACGACGACGUGCUCUGCAUGGAGGAGAGGUGGCGGCCUCACCGGAGAAACCACUCCCUCGUGUGACUGCUCGGUAAAGAGAGAUCAGCUCCGUGGCGCGCUGUGCGCGUGCAUGGCAGACAACAAUGCGCGUAGGGGUGGAGUCGUAGAGAUCCUUGGAAUAUGAUGACGCCACUGUUUUCACACGGCCAUAUGACAUCGUCGAUGAUUUGUUAGCUUGUUUCUGUUGAUGGAAGAUGCAUGGUUCUUGGAUGCAAGGCUCAGGGACCAGCCACACGUUUUAACAUGUCGAUGCUUACAGAAUGAGAGGAUUGGUUAAGGACCAUGCAGUGUCUUUUUGGCCUUAAAUCGAUGUAAAUCUGUGCAUUUUGGUUGCAGGAGGGGAAUGAUCUAUUGGUGGUCCUCUCCUGAGAGCGUUGUGCAGUCGAUUCCUUUGGCGAUAUUAUCAACAUUAGCAGCGAACUCUGAUUAAAAAAACAUUCAGAUAGGGCCGUGUGUAGUUCCAACAAUUUUUUAUCAGUGUAUUUUCUCCAAAGCAUA